AUUUUCUGUUGUGCAGAAUAAACCUUUUUCUUUUUUAAUCUGAGUUAAGAAUGGGAAGCAGCGAGGAGAUGCCAGUGGUGCUCAUCACAGGAUGCUCACACGGAGGAAUCGGCAACGCGCUGGCUCGUGAGUUCUCGUCGAAGGGUUGUCGUGUUGUGGCGACGAGUCGAUCGCAGAGCACGAUGGCCGAUUUGGCGAACGAUCCCAAGUUUUUAGUACAAGAGCUCGAUGUUCAGUCAGAACAUAACGUGAAUAAAGUCUUGUCGGAAGUUAUCGACAAGUUCGGUCAAAUCGAUGUUCUGGUCAAUAACGCCGGAGUUCAAUGCAUAGGACCACUCGCGGAGAUUCCAAUUCAGACCAUGGAGCACACCUUUAACACCAAUGUGUUCGGUUCCAUGAGGAUGACACAAGCUGUUGUACCUCACAUGGCGUUAAAGAAGAAAGGAAAGAUUGUGAACAUAGGAAGUAUCAGCACAAUGGCACCAGGACCAUGGGCAGGGGUUUAUACUGCAUCAAAAGCUGCUCUUCAUGCUCUUACAGACACUUUAAGGUUGGAGCUUAGGCCAUUUGGGAUUGAUGUGAUCAACAUUGUCCCAGGAGGUAUUCAAUCUAACAUAUCCGACUCAGGGAUAUCGAGCUUCGACAAGUUACCUGAGCUGAAACUAUAUAAGCCUUUCCAAGAAGCUAUCCGUGAAAGGGCGUUUUUGUCGCAAAACGUUAAGCCAAUACCUGCAGAGACGUUUGCGAAAGAGGUGGUAUCAAUGGUCCUGAAGGAACACCCACCGGCUUGGUAUUCUACAGGGAGGUUGUCCACCAUUGCAGCGAUAAUGCACCAUUUGCCCAUAUCCGUCAAAGAUUUUCUCCUGACUAAGAGCUUCAUGAAAAAAGGACCAGAAGAAACUGUUUGAAUGUAUUCUAAAUACUAACCAUGAAACAAGCUAGA